AUGAACAAGCAGGUGUUCGUGUACACAUGGAACUAUGGGUCUACGUCUGCGCUAGUGCUGCUUAAUUUCAAGGAAGGGAAGGUUGAGGUUGACCUGGGGGAGGUCAUCGGAGGAGUAGCAGGGUACACUAAGGAGGCAAUCGGACUGGAGGCGAAAGUCACUCUAAGGGGCUAUGAGGCGUGGGUGUAUGUCCGGGAGGCGUUGUUGAAUUGA